CUCUUCGUUUGUGCGAGCACAUGUUAUUGCGUGUUCUUCUCCUGUUCGUCUGGGAAAGAGAAGUCGAAACCGGAUAAGAUAUAAAUUCGACGUGUCAAAAAGGCGAUGUGUGGAAAAAAUUUUGUGUUUGGGUAUUGCGCGCUUCUUCUUUUUAUUGCUUUAUCAUCGAAAUCUCAACAAAAUUCCACGAGCAAUGAAAAGAAAAAUAAUAAUUUGACAAUACGAUAUGAGAUGGACACGGAUUCUACAACAAACUAUGGUGACGAAAUGAAAACACUGUUGUAUGAUUUGCACGAAAAGUUUACCAAGAAUACGCAAUACAAAAAUAUACAAUAUGAAUCUCACACUUCCAUGAGCAGCGAUCGCGAGGAUGAUGAUUCUAUACUGUAUAAACUCGGUACACAGAACCAUGAAGAUAAUCAAACAUCGAUGGAACCUCAUACGAAUUCAUCAAAUGUUUACCGUAAAAAAAACUUCAUGUCACAGGAUAGUUAUGAAAACUUGAUGAGAAUUGAAAACAAAAAUAAUUCCAUGUUGCACAAAUUCUUUGAAAAUUCUAAUAUAGAUAGUAAUAUAAAUAACAUUACUUCAUAUGAAAUGUGUUACAAUAUUACUUGCAUUCAGCUUUGUUGUCCUCUUGGCGAUCGCCUAGAUGAUGAAAAAUGCAUCUCGGAAAAAAAUAAAUAUUUCUUUCCGAAUGUGUAUGGAUAUAUAAAUAAUUCAUUAAAUAAUAUAAACAAGACAGUGAACGAAUUGUUUCAGCUGGUCGUCUACGAUCCGUGCCAGGAUAAAGAUCGUUUCCUGCUUCCCGAUGGUUAUCAGUAUGAUUAUAUGUUUCUUACCAAUGGUUCUCUCUAUUUAUCUUAUUAUAAAAUAUUUGCUAAAUUAUCAUCAUAUUGUCUCGCCGUAAUAGACGGGGAUAAGUUCGAAGUUACCAUCUGCUCAGAAACUUCUGACGAAGUCUUCAAUACAACUUCUGAAAACACCUCGCCAAUAGAAGAUUUAAAAAUCAUAUACUUGAGCUUCCAUAUAGUGUCUAUACUAUUUUUGGUAUCAAUAUUUCUAGUGUAUUCUAUAUUGCCAGAGCUUCGAAAUAUACAUGGUUUCAUAUUACGUAAUUACACCGGUGCCUUGUCCAUCGCAUAUACAAUUGAUAUUGUGAAUAUUCUAAUCAAAGCGGAUGCUGUAAAAUAUCCCGUUUGUGUUACAGUCGCUUUUUUCAACUACUUUUGUUUUUUAACAAGUUUUUUAUGGUUAAAUAUAAUGAGCUUCGAUAUGUGGUGGACAUUUAGAGGAUUCUGUUCAUUACAAAGAAACGUCAGACAACGAGAAAAAAAGAAAUUGAUAUUUUAUAUGAUCUUCGCUUGGGGGUUACCCUUUAUCUUUGCUAUUAUUAGUGUCAUUAUGGAUUCUGUUUCCGAAUAUUUGCCAGAUAUUUUGCGACCGGGAUUUCGCGAAGGAGAUUGUUGGUUCGAUGAAAAGGGGGCGUUUGUAUUAUAUUUUUAUGGUUUCAAAAGCAUUUGCAUUAUUAGUAGCAUUUGCUUAUCCAUCUCUACGGCAUUGAAAAUCGUGCAUUAUAAAAAGGAAACAGUCAACCGUUUGACAGAUUCGGAAAGCAAGAGAUAUAAUGACAAUAAGAAAUGGUUUAAUCUGUAUCUAAAACUAUUUAUUGUGCUAUUUAUCGUGAUGGGUUUAAAAUGGUCCAUAAUGACAACAUCAUUUUUGUCUGGAAAUAUAUCAAAAUAUAUCUCUUAUGCUAUUAAUUUGGUGGAUAUUGUGCAGAAUCUUUGCACUUUCAUCAUAUUUGUAUGGAAAAAAAAAAUCAAACGGAUGUUACUGAAGCGAUUUGGCUUCGGCUUGCUUCCAGAAAGUCAAUGCGCAACAAAUACAACAAAUACAUUAUCGACUACUUCGAUCUGCAUUACUACAUCAGAAGAGAUGCCUAUGCAAAGUAGAAUGAAUUCUUGCGAAUAAAAAGAUAUGUCACGAAAAAGGUCCGUUCGAUAGAACUAAAUUCUAACGUUACAAUGUACAAAAAAAUUUUAUUGCAGAACCGGACUCAACAAUUCAUCAGCAAAUAAUUAUACUUCUUUAAUUUUCAAAUAUAGAAUUACUUUUACAAUGUUAAACGCUGAUAAAUUUGUUUUAAUUUUUAAUAGAUUUAUCUCAAAGUUUUGUAAAGAAUUUAUUUCUUUUGG